AAAAAACCCUACCCAAACCCUAGGGGAGCGAAAAUGAAGUACAAUCCCCGCGUCACCAGCUCUAGGCGGAAGAACCGCAAGGCUCACUUCACCGCGCCGUCGAGCGUGCGGCGGGUGUUGAUGAGCGCGCCCCUCUCCUCAGCCCUUCGCGCCAAGCACAACGCCCGAUCCAUGCCGGUGCGCAAGGACGACGAGGUUCAGGUGGUGCGCGGGACCUACAAGGGCCGCGAAGGCAAGGUUGUCCAGGUCUAUCGCCGCAAGUGGGUCAUCCACAUCGAGCGGAUCACCCGAGAGAAGGUUAACGGUUCCACGGUCAACGUGGGCAUCAACCCAUCCAAGGUGGUCAUCACCAAGCUCAGGAUCGACAAGGACCGCAAGUCUCUGCUCGACCGCAAGGCCAAGGGUCGCGCCGCUGCGGACAAGGACAAGGGCACCAAGUUCACAGCUGAGGAUAUCAUGCAGAACGUUGAUUGAUGUGUUUUUGUUAGUAAGAUUAGCGACAGUCAAAUGCUAUGUUAUUCCUGGAAAUAGAUUUUGGAUUUAUUUAUUUAUUUAUUUAUGCCUAUAUUAUAUGCUCU